UUAAAUCCUAAUGGCUGCUCCUCUGUCUACCAUUGUAGAUAUCUACUUUCCCGACACCAAAAACACAAGGUUCAACAACACCACACCUCUAAGGCAAAAAAAUCGUAGAAAAUUUGCCAUAAACUGCACCACUUCUAAAUCCAUUCCAAAAGUUCCUCCCACCCCAACUUCAGACAUCAACACCAACAACCAAAACUCUUCCUUAUCCGACCAACUCACACCCCUUGCCAACACCACCUUAUCUACGGCCACACGAGACCAACCCCAUGUCUUGUCUAAGCCAAAAUCCACGUGGGUCAACCCCACAAAGGCCAAGCGCUCUGUGCUUUCACACCAGAGGCAGAAACGCGCUCCUUACUCUUACAGUCCCCAACUCAGAGAUCUCAAACGCAUUGCCCAGAGACUCAAUGAGUGUGACGCGUCCUCAGAAGCUGAUUUCUUGGCUUGUGUUGAGGAAAUCCCACUCCCACUUACACGAGAAAAUGCCCUCUUGAUGCUCAACAGCUUGAAGCCAUGGCAGAAAACCCAUUUGUUUUUCAAUUGGAUCAAGACCCAGAAUUUGCUUCCCAUGGAAACCAUAUUCUACAAUGUCACAAUGAAGUCUUUGAGGUUUGGGAGACAGUUUCAGCUCAUAGAAGACCUUGCCCACCAGAUGAUUGAUAAUGGGAUUCAACUAGAUAACAUCACUUACUCCACCAUCAUAUCAUGUGCCAAGAAGUGCUACCUGUUUGACAAGGCCGUGCACUGGUUUGAAAGGAUGUACAAGACUGGUUUGAUGCCGGAUGAGGUAACUUAUUCUGCUAUCUUAGAUGUUUAUGCUAGAUUAGGGAAGGUUGAAGAGGUGAUAAGUUUGUAUGAGAGAGGUAGAGCAACUGGGUGGAAGCCUGAUCCUAUCACAUUCUCUGUGUUGGGGAAGAUGUUUGGGGAGGCUGGGGACUAUGAUGGUAUUAGGUAUGUAUUGCAAGAGAUGAAAUCUGUUGGGGUGCAACCUAAUUUAGUUGUGUACAACACCUUGUUGGAAGCAAUGGGAAAGGCUGGGAAGCCAGGUUUUGCAAGGAGCCUGUUUGAAGAAAUGAUUGAUUCAGGGAUAGCCCCAAAUGAAAAGACCUUAACAGCAGUUAUUAAGAUAUAUGGCAAGGCCAGGUGGCCUCGAGAUGCUCUGGAAUUGUGGGAACGAAUGAAGGAAAAUGGCUGGCCUAUGGAUUUUAUUUUGUAUAAUACCUUGUUGAAUAUGUGCGCAGAUGUUGGAUUGGUGGAGGAAGCUGAAACUCUGUUCAGGGAGAUGAAACAGUCUGAGCAUUGCAAGCCAGACAGUUGGAGUUACACAGCAAUGCUCAAAAUUUAUGGGAGUGAAGGAGAUGUCCGCAAGGCAAUGGGAUUGUUCGAAGAGAUGUCUAAGUUGGGCAUUGAACUCAACGUGAUGGGGUGUACAUGUUUGAUUCAGUGCUUGGGAAAGGCUAUGGAGUUUGAUGAUUUGGUCAGAGUUUUUAACAUUUCUGUUGAGAGAGGAGUGAAGCCAGAUGAUAGGCUAUGCGGUUGUUUGCUAUCUGUUGUGUCUCUGUCUCACGGUACCAAGGACGAGGAAAAAGUACUUGCUUGUUUGCAGCAAGUUAACCCAAACCUGGUUGCCUUUAUUCAAUUGAUUUUAGAUGAGAAAACUAGUUUUGAGACUAUCAAGGAAGAGUUUAAGGGUACCAUGAGCAGUGCUGCGGUUGAUGUGAGAAGACCCUUCUGUAACUGCUUGAUUGACAUAUGUAGAAACAAAGAUCUCCAAGAGAGAGCCCAUGAGCUACUCUACUUGGGAACCUUGUAUGGUUUAUACCCUGGUUUGCACAACAAAACUGAAGGUGAAUGGUGUUUAGACGUUCGAUCAUUGUCGGUUGGUGCCGCUCAAACUGCACUGGAAGAGUGGAUGUGGACACUCACCAAAAUUGUUAACCGGGAGGGGGCACUGCCAGAGUUAUUCCUAGCCCAAACUGGUACUGGUGCUCAUAAGUUUGCCCAAGGACUGAACAUUUCUUUUGCCUCUCAUUUGAGGAAACUAGCUGCUCCAUUUAGGCAGAGUCAGGAUAAAGUUGGCUGCUUUAUUGCAACUAGAGAGGACUUAGUCUCUUGGGUGCAAUCAAAGUCUCCAUCAGCUGCUAUUGCGACAUAGAUGGUGGAAAAAAUCAAGUGGCAUUCAGCUUUAGCGCUAUGGCUAAUACAUAACAAUGAUACUUCAAGUCUAUUUAUCACUUAAGUUGUCAAUAUGUGGAGGGUUGAAGCCAAAGAUGGAAUGUAAUCU